AUGUCGGAACUACGCCGCCGCGUCGUGCGGACCAUCACCGGCGGUGACUCUCCUGGCAUUUCACGUGCCGGCACUCCCGAACCUGGCGAAGAGACCAAGGUCGUGUCCAAGGCUGGGUUCGAGAAGUUGUUGAACAAGAAGACCUCUAAGAGACGGUCAAGUCUACUGUUCGUAUUAGGUGGCCUAUUUGGCCUGGUAAUAGCAGUUUUCUUCGCGCAGCAGCAGGAGGUGGUGAAGCUGGAAGGACUGCUCGACCUCAAUCUGGACAGCGUCUUCGAUGUCCUGCCUGUUGGAUUGGUGCGAGACGCAAAAGCACUAUCAAAGGCCGAAAGAGAUGCUGUCAACUAUGACUCCUUCUCAGUGGGACUACACUUGCAGUCUCAAGGCGUCACAGCGAAGCAUCCGGUCAUCAUGAUCCCGGGCGUCAUUUCGACCGGCCUCGAAUCAUGGGGAACAGCAGAGUCCUCGCGGCCAUACUUUCGGAAGAGGCUAUGGGGAUCAUGGUCGAUGAUGAGAGCCCUCGUGCUCGACCAAGCAUCCUGGAAGCGACACAUCAUGCUCGACAAGGAAACUGGCUUGGAUCCUCCGGACAUCAAGCUAAGAGCCGCCCAAGGAUUCGACGCCGCAGACUUCUUCAUCACCGGCUACUGGAUCUGGAACAAGAUCCUCGAGAACCUCGCCACGAUUGGCUACGACCCAACCAACGCCUUCACAGCAGCCUAUGACUGGCGCCUCAGCUACAUCAACCUCGAAGUCCGCGACAAGUACUUCACCCGCCUCAAGAACUACAUCGAAGUCGCCCAGAAAACCUCCGGCCUCAAACCCGUCCUCGUCUCCCACUCCAUGGGCUCCCAAGUCCUCUUCCACUUCUUCAAAUGGGUCGAGCACAAAGACUACGGCAAAGGCGGUCCCAAAUGGGUGAACGACCACAUCGACUCCUGGAUCAAUAUCUCCGGCUGCAUGCUGGGCGCCGCCAAAGACAUCCCCGCCGUCCUCUCCGGCGAAAUGAAAGACACCGCGCAACUCAACGCCUUCGCCGUCUACGGCCUCGAGAAAUUUCUCGCGCGCGAGGAACGUGCCGAGAUCUUCCGCGCCAUGCCCGGCAUCUCUUCCAUGCUCCCCAAAGGCGGCGACGCCGUCUGGGGCAACAUGACCUGGGCUCCGGACGACGCUCUGCCGGACCAAAACACCACCCAGCCCUCCCCGGCUGUGGCGCAACAAGGCCACUCCUUCGGCCAGUUCAUCUCCUUUAAGCCGCCCCGAAACACCUCCCUCGCCCCGCCCCAGAAUUUCACCAUGUCCUCUGCUCUGGACUACCUUCUCAACGUGACCGAACCUUGGUACCGCGACCAAAUUCUCAGCUCUUACAGCCACGGCGUCGCCCACACAAAAAAGGAAGUCGAGCACAACGAGAACGACCCACGGAAAUGGCUCAACCCGCUCGAAGCCCGGCUACCCCUAGCCCCCGAUCUGAAGAUCUACUGCUUCUACGGCAUCGGCAAACCAACCGAGCGCGCCUACUUCUACAAAGAGCACACGGGUACACCACUACCAGGCGUGCACACAAACACCACAGUGAACAUCACGAUCGAUACCGGCUUCACCACCAAAGUGCAGUCCCAGAACCCGGACCAACAGCAACAGCCACAACCCAACGAGGACGGCUCAAACGACGCCGACACCCCUUCUCAACCCACAUCUCCCAACAAAGCUCGGCCAAACCACCCCCGCCCCCCGCCGCCGCAGUCGACCACGGCAUCAUCUUCGGCGAGGGCGACGGCACCGUCAACUUGCUAUCGACCGGCUACAUGUGCGCGCACGGCUGGCGCAACAUAA